AGAAAUGUCUGCACAAAAGAUCGAAGCAGAAUUGACAACUUUGACCGAAAAUUUCGCCAACCUUGUGCGCUCUGCUCGCAUAAAUGAAGACACUGAUGACACAAAAAAGUCACAGGUCCCAGGAGAAAUCCUUGAGGUUCUUGCAGAAAAGGUGGUGUAUGCAGCUCAACAGCUGCUGCGGUCAACAGCAGAGCUGAAGCGAAGAGCAUUCCUGGCCAGCGGUGGACAGGGGCUCAGCCCAGAGAAAGUAUUCCAGGAUACAGCAAUCCCUGUGAAGCCUAGUGACUUUCAGGCAGAAGUUGAACAGACCUUGCAGGAGCUUGGAACAAUCUCUGUGGCUGCUACAGAAGGUGGUAUGGAAGACGACAGCGAUCUUGCCUCUCUGUACAACAUGACAAUGGAGCUGUCAGGCGCAAGACACAGGGAUAAAGACUAGCGAUACAGACUGAUGCAAUUACAGGCUGUAUUCAAGCUGUUUGCACCCACAAUUGAACACCUGCACCAAAUGCUAAUACGCUGUAAGCUGGAAGUCGAUUA